AUGCUGGCGUUCGUGGCGUUCGUGGCAGUGUUGUUGGGAUCAGCGGUGCAGGCUGUCAGCCCAUCUGGGAGCGGCACGAGUCAAGCCAACUCGAUUAUCACAGUCCAGACCCCUGCCUAUGUGAGCCCCGAGUAUCAACCCGAGCCCUGCAUGACACGCGCACUGCCUGCUGUGCAGUACGAAACGCAGCCGAUUUCUGACUUUGGUGGGGGCACGGUCCUCGGCUCCUCCGACAUCGCCUACGCCGGGUCGAUUCGGGAUGACUUGUUCGUCGUGAUCAACUAUGACAUUCUGCGAAUUACCCGCAAUUCGACCAAGCGGGUCCAUGUUCUGGUAGGCGAAGACAAGCAGGACGUCGACUCGGUUGCAGCGCAAGUCUUUGAGUUGGACGAGGUCCACUACAUUUUGCAUGCCGCCUAUUACAUCAACGGCUCGUGUGUGCUGCGCAUUUUGGAGAGCUUCGCCUUCCAUGUACUUUAUCAAACGACCGUCACGCUGGAGCGCACGAUGGACAUUUGGACGCUGCAAGCCGUGGACCAAGGCAAUAUCAUGAGCAUCCUUGCCAAGGAUAACCGGGCGGUGGUGUUGCUACAGGCUGAGUUGACCAAGAUAGUGGUGCAUACGCAUGACUACCACUUCAUCAACACAGAUGCCGCCCUCACCAUGCGCCACCAGUCCCGUGAGUUGCAGGCGAUGCUGGUGGUUGAUGGCAAGGUGCAUUAUGCCGCCACCUCCCUGCCUGAGGCGAGAAGCGCUUGGGGCCUGCUGCUGGAAAAGCUACUCUUGGAUCUUGAAGCGACCAUGAACCUCGAAUACGAUCUGGUUGUGGAUCAAGGAAACUUUGUGGAGGACGUGUUCCUCUUUUACGGCAAGACGCAAGCUCAAGUGGCCUUUGAGCUCCGCCCGAGUUCCAAUCAAGGCACUCGCGUGAAAAUCUACUCGGAACCGGGCGCCAUCAGCGCAACGGGGAUUGGUGAGCUGUUUGGCUUUUACAUCCUGGUGGAUGGCACGUUUCAUCUCAAGGCUGGCAACUUGUCGAGCCCAAUCGAGUUUCCGGUGAUUGAGCGCCCGCCCGUCGUGAUGAAUGCUGUUUUUAGCAGCAACGCCGCCAUCCACGUGGGUGAGAGUGCGGUUGCCUACUUUCAAUCAUCUCUGCUUGAACAGCGAGCUUUUCUUCAUGUGCGUAGCCUUGUCGAUGGCAAUAUCCUUUGGACCUUUGAGCACGACCCCAUCUUGGCAGGGCCCUACUUUUCGGACAACUAUGUCAUAGCCUUCACUCAUAGCACGGACAAUACGGAACAAGACAUGUUGGUGUUCCCCAUCCGACCCGACUUUACGGCCGCUACGGACCUGGAUGCUUCCUGGGGCUCGGCAAUUGGCGGCGUGAUGGACCCGACGACGGGCCAACUGGUGAUUACCUGCACCAAAGAGGUGAUUAAGCUCAAUUCGUGGGGCUUGUACCCCAUGGCCCUGCCAAAAUACGGGGACUACCAAGCCUCAAUCGUGGCCCUGAGUGAUGCAUCUGCUCUGACAUUGUCGAGCAACGGCAUUCAACACAGCUCAUACAACACGGAGAAGGACAGUUUUGAGCGGAAUUGGAUCUGCACCAGCGAUGCCUGUCGCCUGCCGAAUCAGGGCGCCGCGCGCUUCGUGGGUGUGUGUACCGACCGCUUUGUGGUCGCCAGCGUACAACGCAGUCGUGACACCAUCACCGCACACGUGGCCUCAGUCAACACAACAACUGGCGCCGUGCUGCAAACCAUGGCCUUGCCGGCUCCGCUCAACGGGCGCAGCCUCAACGUGAGCCUAAUGGAUGCUGCCUUUGCGCUCGAUCCCGAUACUUGCAUGACCUGUGUCGUGUUCAACAUGGACAGCACCGUGGUAUGCCUCGACGCCGAGCUCAAUGCAACGCGCAUUGUGCCGCGCAAUGACGCGCCCACGGCGGUUGCGGACCUGAGGAUCCCGCAGUUGGUGAUACAUCAUGACAUCUUACUGGUUGCAGUGGGGUUGAAGGCCUUUGGCAUGACCAUGGCGGGGACGGUCAUCUGGACGUUUGCCCCCAUCGUGCAGGCGGCGCGGCUGGUGCCGGACGCGACAGGCGAGGCUGCCAAUGUGUAUUACUUUGUGCUGCAAAUGGGCGUUGCUCUGUUUCAAGUUGGGGCCUUGGAUGUGACCUUGGGUCAGGUGCUGUGGACGGUCACCUCGGAACCACUGUACAAACCGGAAUUUGAGCACAUGUUGGCGUCCUCCGCAGACGUGGUCCUUAUGGGUGCUCGCACUGUGGUUGAAGGCGAGCUGCAUGUCAUUAUGGUGGACAGUUCGCGUGCCGACCUGCAAGUGCUGCAGCGACAUCCCGCUGCCUGCGAAAUGAGCACAUUUGUCAAGUCAUAUGGCGUAGAGGUCUUUUACAUGCUCAACUGCCCCGGUAACGCUUCCCAGCUGGUCACGCUCACGCCACUGACGCGUAGCUCCGACGCCUACCAUUCUGGGCCCAUCCCCGGUUAUGUUCCGACAACGAAUGGCCUCUGCCCGUUGUGCCCAUCGGGCUUUGUGUGCACACCAAACGCCACCAAUGUGCAAAACUGCGAGGUCAAAUGGGACUGUCCGGCAGGCUCUACAGCGCCACGUAGCCAUCUGUGGGACCAAUUGGAGGCGCACGGCGCCACCAAUGCCUCGAUGGGUGGAAACUUUCUCGGGUUGCAGGGGGACACUCGCAGCACGACCUUGCCCACGGUUGCCAUCGUGAUCAACUACUUUCUGUGCAUUUUUAUCAUCUGGCUGUUGUACCUCUGGGUCAUUCGACCGCGUGGGUGGCAUCGCAUCCUGCAAUCCGCCUUUGAAGACUUUCUCUUCUUUGAGGACACGGAUACUGAUGAGCAGGGCUAUCAGUUGUUGGUAAUAGACCGGUUGACCGGAUAUGGCACUGUCUUUUUCAUGGUCAUGACAGUGUUUCUGGCUAUUUAUGUGCUGAUGCUGGCCACAGUGGGCAACGAGGUGAAGCGAACUGACACGGAGCCCUUGCUUCUACUGAAGGAUGGCAUGCCCUCCUUCUCAUUGACGAUGGUGUUGACGGCUUAUGCGGGGUAUGGCUUUGAUUGUGCCGGUGCCGAAGUCAUUCUUCAGACCCUGUUGGAUCGCGCCCUCACAACAGAGGCUAUCACGCUCGUUGAUGGGGCUUGUCAAGUUCGAUAUUCUUGUCAAAAUUGCCUCUUGUCAUCAGAUAGCGUGCGCGAGCAGAUGGGCUGCCUAGCGGUUGAUUUCGUCUCGGACCAGGUUAAUGAUGGCUUUUUCAUGUUCAGCUCCCUCAAUUUGACGAUCAUUUCGGAAGGGGGUGGGCAAACAACCCGUAUCAGCCGAAAUCUGGCCUCUACUGCCCAAGCCCCACUGCACAAUGUGACGCUGCAGCUGACCACGGCGCUCUACACUUAUCAAGCAUCCUCCUCCAACACCUAUUCACUGAUGCAGAUGGCAGACAUGUUUGCCGUCGACGCCUCGCGUGCGGCCGUGGUGCGACAGCAGGAGUGCGCGCUGCUGGCGCCGAUCUCGCCAACGCAUCACGACGGCACCGUGUUCUUUGCCUUUUCAGUGUCAUCAGUCCUAGUUACCGAGUCAUUGGAAGCGCGCUACUCGUGGCCAGCUUUGCUCUCGCUGCUCGUCUCGCUCGUGACCUCGGCCAUGGGUGCCUUUGGCACCGCCAUCUUGGUAAUACGCGUGCUGGCCAAGCGCUAUUCAGCACACCGCCGCCGCAGCAAAGAGCUGCUGCUCAAUUCCGACCAAAACUAUGCCACCAUGGGUGAAGAACCCGGGGUCUGA